AUGGCGGACGAAGAGCUAAUUCAGGCGCCAGAUGGGGCACCCUUUCACAAAUGGAUGAGGACAUUGCGCCGACGCGCUGGCCGCCGGCAAUACACUUCUACGAUAGACGAGAGACUGUUCAGGUCAGCUUCUAUGGGCACACUGCGUCAGGAAGCAGCCAGUAGCACAAGCGGCCAUCAUCGCCAGUCAUCUUCAGGGUCCUCCUUCGGGUUCGUCGAGGCAGUGAGGACAGCCAGCGUGAGUCUUGCGAGUGGAAGCGUCUUUACCCGGUCGAGACGUAAUAGUAUGCGGUCAUCUCGGACCCAGACGCAGACCGAUUGCAGCAGCAGAGCGUCGAUGUCCAGUCACAGGUACUCCGAGGACGGCAAUUGCUUGGACAAGCCGCGGGUACUGGACAAAGCAGGUGUAGAGCGCUCACUUCAGAGACGGCGCAUCUUGGAGGAACUAGUCAGCACCGAGGAGGGCUACAUUGGGGACGUACGGUUCUUGAUGAAUGUCUACGUUACCAUCCUCGUCUCUCUCCCCACCAUGCCUCAGGGCCUACGGUCUUCGAUAAAUCGAAAUCUAGCUGACAUUGUCGAUCUUCACGAAGAGCUCCUGGGAGAGUUGCACCGAGCUGUCCCUCAUUCUGAAUAUACGCAGCUUGACUUCAAUCCUCAGGCGAUACAUCGUGGUCGUGGUCAUCGGCGGAUUCGGAGCCUUAAUGCGGUUCCCGAGGAGGACGACGAAGGCAUGUUGUGGCUAGACACUGUUCCCGGCAUGCUCGCCGAACCGAACAUCGCUGCGGAUGUCGCAAAGCUGUUCACGAACAAGAUGAACCGCUUCUUCGUCUAUGAAGAGUAUGGGGCCAAGUAUGAGAUGAUGAUGAAAGACAUUGCAUCAGUCCAUCGGACGAUGCCGCAGUGGUCGACGUAUCAGAGAGGUCUAGAGAUGCUGGCAUCGUCUGUCGGAUCCAGUAGUACCUACGGCGAUAAGUCCAAGAAGUCGCUCACCAUCGGAGAUCUGCUCGUCAAGCCCGUCCAACGGGUUUGCAAGUAUCCGCUUCUCUUUGCCGAGUUGUUGAAAUACACACCCGUGGCCGAUUCGCCGUACGCGCACAUGGAAGUCGAGAACACCCUGGUCCGUUUGCGAGAGGCGACAUCGCAGAUCAACCGCGCUACUGACGACGCGCGAGUGAAAGCCGUGCUGGAGAAGACAUGGCUGCUGCAAGACCGGCUCGUCUUUCCAGACUCGCAACUUGACGCUGCAUCAAAGAACCGUAUUCGCUCGUUCGGGCACAUCCAGCUUUGCGGCGUCCUCUAUGCAUGCUGGCAGUCAAGAGACGGAGUACAAGGGCAGUAUUUGGUGGCGCUUCUCUACAAGGAGUGGCUAUGCUUGGCCUCUGCGAGUAGGUUCGACCAAAUCUACACCCUGCGAGCUUGCAUUCCCCUAAGCCAAGUCAAAGUUGAGGCCGUGGACAAUGGACGGGGCCUUCAAUGCCACACCACGCCUUUCUCUUGGAAGAUUGUGUUCGAGUGCGACUGUCAGCUAUACGAGAUGAUGUUGACUGCAUGCACGCCAAAAGAGGAGACCGAAUGGCGAUCCCGUCUGGACACUGGCUCGCUCAUGGAUCCACAAGAGCAUGAUACUCCCGAUCUCUACAGCUCGCUGUUUCUCAAUAUCAAGACCCUGGGCACCGUCUACGGAAAACAAGGGUCCAUCGCGCGCAACCUGUCCAUACACCGAGCAACAACCGUCGGUCCCAAAUCGCCCCUGUGCAACGUCAUUGUCAGAAACACGAGCGUCGAGAAGGACGUACUGUCGCCCGCCAAUGCGACCGUCGCCCGGUCCCAGUCUCUCCUCGCGGCCAAGGGUCGUGUACCAGUGCUGGCACCCUCACGAGCGGACAGGGCAAAACUGGAGGCACUACUAUCGGAUGUUUGGACCCGCGAGAUCCUACCAUUCCCGGGUAUGACGACUCGGGCGCGGAAUGAGCACCUUAUUCGCACAUCAGCGCACUCUAUGAUCCGUAAGCUGAGUGUUACGAGCAUCACCAGCACGUUCACAAAGCGCUCCAGCAGCCUCGCCAGUGUCACUAGGGGAGGC